CCCACCCGUUCGCCCGCUUCCUCCUUGUCCCGUCGUCGCGUUCUCCCCCGGUCCCGUUUACUCGCGCAGGCCCGCGCCACCGCGGCGCCGUCCCCAACCACCAGGCCACCACCACCGCUCUCCCCGGAGGUCCCCCGCCGCGCGGUGAACCCAUCAUCAUCAUCAUCAUCAAUCACCCUGCGGUCAUUCACUCGUGUAUGCCGCUGGGGCCGCCCCGCGCCCUCGCCCACCGCUUGCUCGACGGAAUUCCGCGCCGGAGCCCGGCCGCGGCGCCCGAGGAUGCGGUCGCCGGGUACGCGCGCAUGCUGGCGCGCGGGGGUAGGCCAGACGCCUACACGUUCCCGGCCCUGCUCAAGGCGGUGGCGCGCGCGGCGGGCGGCUCCGGCUCCGCUGCGCCGGCGCGCGCCGUCCACGCGCACGUGGUCAGGCUCGGGAUGGGCCGCAACGCGCACGUGGCGAGCUCGCUGGUCGCCGCGUACACGGCCGGGGGCGACGGCGCGGCUGCGCGCGCGCUGGUGGGCGAGUGCGACACGCCCGUCGCGUGGAACGCGCUGAUCUCGGGCCACAACAGGGGCGGGCGGUUCGGGGAGUCGUGCGGCUCGUUCGUGGACAUGGCCAGAGCCGGCGCCGCGCCCACGCCGGUCACCUACGUCUCGGUGCUGUCUGCUUGCGGCAAGGGGACGAGAGACGUGCUGCUCGGGAUGCAGGUGCACGGGCGUGUCGUGGGGAGCGGGGUGCUGCCGGACCUCAGGGUGGAGAACGCGCUGGUCGAUAUGUACGCGGAGUGUGCUGACAUGGGCUCGGCUUGGAAGGUGUUCGACGGCAUGCAGGUGAGGAGUGUGGUGUCCUGGACGUCUUUGCUUUCUGGGCUCGCGAGGUUAGGCCAGGUUGAUGAAGCGAGAGACCUGUUUGAUCGUAUGCCUGAGAGAGAUACGGUCUCGUGGACCGCGAUGAUUGAUGGGUAUGUGUGGGCUGCCCGGUUCAGGGAGGCAUUGGAGAUGUUCCGUGAGAUGCAGUAUAGCAAUGUGAGUGCGGAUGAGUUCACCAUGGUGAGCGUGAUCACAGCCUGCGCGCAGCUAGGUGCUCUGGAGAUGGGAGAAUGGGUGAGGGUUUACAUGAGCAGGCAAGGGAUUAAGAUGGAUGCUUUCGUCGGUAAUGCGCUCAUAGACAUGUAUUCCAAGUGCGGAAGCAUUGAGCGUGCGUUGGAUGUUUUUAAAGGCAUGCACCACAGAGAUAAGUUUACUUGGACAGCUAUCAUACUUGGUCUCGCGGUGAAUGGUUAUGAGGAAGAGGCUAUUGAAAUGUUCCACAGAAUGAUCAGGGUUUCAGAAACUCCAGAUGAGGUGACAUUCAUUGGUGUUCUCACAGCCUGCACCCAUGCUGGCUUGGUUGACAAAGGACGGGAGUUCUUUCUCAGCAUGAUAGAGGCCUAUAAUAUUGCCCCAAAUGUGGUGCAUUAUGGAUGCAUAAUUGAUCUCCUUGGCAGAGCUGGGAAAAUUACAGAAGCUUUGGAUACAAUAGAUCAAAUGCCAAUGACACCCAACUCCACUAUUUGGGGGACCCUGCUGGCAGCUUGUAGAGUUCAUGGCAAUUCAGAGAUAGGUGAAUUGGUAGCAGAGCGCCUCCUUGAGCUGGAUCCAGAGAACAGCAUGGUGUACAUCCUUCUGUCAAACAUUUAUGCAAAGUGUAACAGAUGGGAAGAUGUUCGGCGGCUUAGGCAUGCAAUAAUGGAGAAAGGAAUAAAGAAAGAACCUGGUUGCAGUCUGAUCGAAAUGGACGGUAUUAUUCAUGAAUUUGUAGCCGGUGAUCAGUCUCAUCCUAUGAGCAAAGAAAUCUACUCUAAGUUGGAGAGCAUAAUCAGUGAUUUAAAUAACGUUGGGUAUUUUCCUGAUGUAACUGAGGUCUUUGUUGAAGUUGCAGAAAAAGAAAAGAAGAAGGUUCUUUACUGGCACAGCGAGAAGCUGGCAAUUGCUUUUGCAUUACUCAGUUCAAAACCUAAUACUGUGAUAAGAAUAGUGAAGAACUUGAGGAUGUGUUUGGACUGCCAUAACGCAAUUAAAUUGAUUUCAAGGUUGUAUGGAAGGGAGGUUGUUGUGAGGGACAGAACACGCUUCCAUCAUUUUAGACAUGGAUUCUGUUCUUGUAAAGACUAUUGGUAACUUCUUAUGCAUCAGCCACACAAGACAGCUGAAUAUCUGUAGCCUCAGCUUUGAGCUUUGAGUGAUCACCUGAUGGCAAGCAUGAGUUCUCGCUACAAAUGUAGUUUUGAGCACUGACUGCAGUUCACGAAGUGAAUAGAAGCAUGAUAGUAUUGUUGAUCCAGUGAACCCUAUGUUCUGUUUGAGCUAAUCUUCUCGCACAUUGAUGUAAACCUUGACAUUGCUGAUGGUUCAGCAUGCACAGCAUUUAUUCAGAGAAAGAGUUUUCUGUUGGAGAAAUACUUGCUGUACAAUUGUUUCUCUGGUGUGAAACAUUUUUUUUUUUGGCAAAGCUUUAUUUGGUUGAUUGAUCAUGUCUUGAGGAGUUCUACAGUCUGGGCCUUCAUAAAACAAGGAACAGAUAGACUUCCAGGGCAUUUUGCCUUUGUCAACUCAAGCAGCGUAGGGAAUCCUGGGAAACUAAUGAGCUCAUUCUCAUCUUCAACAUGUUCCAGUAAGUUGUCGCGGACAAUGAUGUACCUGCAAAACAUAAUUAUAUUGUAUUUAAUCACAUUAUGCUGCAAACUUGUUUCCUGUUACUGCCAGUUCUUAGUCAGCAUGUUAUUGUUGAAUUUCUGUCAUUAUUGGUUGGAGUGUAAACUAAAAACUAAAAUAUUGUUGCUGAUUAAUUAGUAGUACUCUGAUUAUUUUUUC